AUGGACUCACGCUUGAAAUGGAAGGCUACAGCCGUGCUGACUUGGCUUUUAGCUACAGAAAAAGCCUACUGUCUCCCACACGUGGGAAAUGAGGUAGAAGCUACUCUGCAAAACACAGCUACCGAACCUGCACGUGCCUUUGAGACUCAGUAUCCACCUUCAAACAGUGAAGACAGGCUGCUUAUUCCCGAGUCCCACCCUGUGUAUCGAGUAGCUUUGGAACAGGACGGUCAUUCAUCGCAGCAGCCUUUUCCACAGUUUGACAUUAUCCGAUUUGUUGACGGCUUGGAAGAUUUGUUGGGCUCAGGUGGUAAUACUCCUGCACCAACACUGACUGCGACAGGACAGUCUACUGGUACAGGAAAAUCGCAUCCUAUUCAAGCUACGACUUCAGCAAAACAGCCUGAAAACCCAGCGCCAAUUCAUACAGCUGGAUCUGUGACCUACUCACCGCAGGCUGGGCCAAGUACUACUGUGGCACAUGAGCCCGUUCACAUACUUUCUUCAUCCUCGGUUACAUCAAAAACCAUGCCUAGCCAAGAUAUCUUCCAGCCGGUUGCGACUGGUCCUGUCCCUGCUAAUAUCAAGUCCCGAGAUGAUCACCCUGUGCAGAACCAGCACGCCAAUACUACCAACCCUAUUGCGACGAAUAAGUUCUACGCAGGCCUUUUCUUGGGCUCUCAGACCAAUGCUACCUUCACUCAACCCUACUCUCUGGCAUGGUCCAAGGGAGGUGGCUCCCUGAAGAGUUGGGGUAUGGCUGUCUCCCAUGUCCAGCCUCAUAUGCUUGCAUACGGACCACCGAACAGCAAGAUCCCCGGAAACCCAGUACAAUACUACAUCAACCCAAUCGGCCUUCAAUCUCUGAUCUUCUCUGCAACCGAGCUUAACCAGUCUUCCAUCAUGAACGUCAAUCAGCCAAAGGCUUUCUCGGCCCACGCUGUGAUCAAGCCCUCUGAAGGCUCGGCUAAGCAGAUUGUCUUCCCCGUUGUGCAAGGCAUGGGCUACGCAACAGCUGUGUACAGUGAUCUGCAGCCGGUGAUUGAAAGUGGCGUUUUCUUCCGUAAGGUCGUCAGCGCUGGUUCGCCUAGGUCCGGCAUCUUCAAGUACCAGGUUUACCUCGAGGAUGACAUGACCUGGCUUCUCUAUGCCACUCCGGCUGAUGGCAAGGAUCCGGAGUUCAAGCUAGUCUCAAAUUCCCGUCUUCGCGGGCCCCAGGGCUUUUCUGGUACUAUUCAAGUUGCCAAGAACCCCGCGGGCAAGUCUGGCGAGAAAUUCUAUGAUAACUCGUCUGGUGUAUACCCAGUGGCAGGAAAAAUCUCUGGUUCUGUCACAGAUGAUGUAGGCACCUACACGCUCUCUUGGAAGAAGGCCGGAAAGGAUGUCACCGGCACUCCUCUGAUCAUGUUCGCCCUACCCCAUCACGUCCAAUCCUUCGAUGGUGCCACCAAGAGCCGUAUCACUGAUAUCAACCUUCGCACCACAACAAAGGGCAACUCCACUGCAGUCAUUGGAGAAAGCUGGACUAUGGUCGAACAAAGCCUCCCCAUUGAUAUUGGAUUCGCUCCGUGGUCAACCACCCAGGGCAGUUCUAACGAGCUCUCAGCCUCAGCUCAGCAUGCCAUUCUCCAGGCUGCUCCCCAGGAGCUCAAGCAGAACAUUUCAGGCCAGACGGACCUUAACAGCAUGUACUACAGCGGCAAGGCGUUGAGCAAGUUCGCAACGCUAGUGUAUACUGUCAACCAGCUUGGCAACAGUUCUGAUCUAGCAACAGAUGCCUUCCAAAAGCUAAAGAAGUCUUUCGAUCUAUUCGUGCAAAACAAGCAGCAAUACCCGCUCGCCUACGAUUCCGUCUGGAAGGGCGUUGUCUCGACCGCCGGCUACAAUGGCGACCUCAACCAGGAUUUCGGAAACACCGCAUACAACGAUCACCAUUUCCACUACGGCUACUUCAUCCAAGCUGCCGCCAUCAUUGGCUCUCUUGAUCCCAGCUGGCUAGCCGCGAACAAGGAGUGGGUCAACAUGCUUGUUCGUGAUGCUGGUAACUCUGUUCCAAAUGAUCCUUACUUCCCAUUCUCGCGCUCGUUUGAUUGGUAUAACGGUCACUCAUGGGCGAAGGGUUUGUUCGAGUCUUUCGAUGGCAAGGAUCAAGAAUCUACCUCGGAAGAUACCAUGUUCGCGUAUGCGAUCAAGAUGUGGGGGCAGACGACCGGCGAUGCUAGCAUGGAAGCUCGUGGCAAUAUUAUGCUGAGCAUCCUGGGUCGGUCUCUCAAUAAUUACUUCCUGAUGGAGGAUGACAAUGUCAACCAGCCUGCGAACUUCACUGCGAACAGGGUAACUGGAAUUCUAUUCGAGAAUAAGGUUGAUCACACCACCUAUUUCGGUGCCAACCUCGAAUACGUCCAAGGUAUUCACAUGCUACCGCUCAUGCCGCACAGUCCCUUCACACGCCGAAAGGAGUUUGUGCGCCAGGAGUGGCAGGCAAUGUUCGCUGAAAACGCCUCUACUCCGGCCUCCAAGGUUGAGGGCGGAUGGAAGGGUGUGCUCUACGCCAACCUGGCCCUCAUCGAUCCCAAAUCGUCGUGGGACUUCUUUGCCCAGUCGAAUUUCGACUACAGCUGGAUUGAUGGUGGUGCUACGCGUACUUGGUACCUGGCAUUUAUUGCUGGUCUGGGGGGUGCUCCUUAA